GUGGUUAAAAGCUUCCGUAUGAACUCUGAUGUUCACUCCCGUGCAAAGAGGAUGAAGCUCAUAAUGCAAUUUGGAGUUGGGUUAGAAGGUGUUGACAUUACUGCUGCCACAAAUCAUUGCAUUAAGGUCGCCAAAAUUUCGGGUGGUGCAACUGGAAAUGCUGCUUCAUAUGCUGAAAUGGCCAUAUAUCUCAUCUUGGGCCUCCUGCGUAAGCAACAUCAAAUGAAAAUUUCCGUGGAGCAGAAAAAGCUAGGGGAGCCAACUGGUGUCAACCUGCAUGGGAAAACGGUAUUUAUCCUGGGGUUUGGAAAUAUCGGGAUACAUUUAGCAAAGCGUCUACGCCCAUUUGACGUGAAAAUACUUGCUACAAAACGAAGUUGGGGCCGGCCUGCACAGGACUCGAGCAAAUCCGAGGCACCGUCUGUUGAGAAUGGUGGCUACGCUGACCUAGUUGACGAGAGGGGAAACCAUGCUGAUAUCUUGAAGUUUGCAAGCAAAGCUGAUAUUGUUGUAUGUUGCUUAGCUAUGAACAAUGAAACUAUUGGCAUCGUGAACAACGAUUUUAUAUCUGUCAUGAGAAAGGGUGUCGUUCUGAUUAAUAUAGCUCAAAGGGAGGAGGAUUGUCCAAGCCUUAUAAAGAUUCCACCCAUCUGUCAUUCUUUUAACACUCCACCUCACGCCCAGUGCUUAGCAUCUAGACAAUUGAUAGUGGAAGAUUGA